AUGGCCCCACUGUUUAAGCUCCAGACAAAUGGUCUUCUUCAGUUGAGUUACAGAGCAGAUGUAGACACCAGCCAGGCAGGCCUCAGCAAACAUGAUCCAGCCCACAAUAACACACUCUGUCAUACUGAACACAGCACAACCCUCACCUGUCCAAAGUGCACCAAGUUUUAUGAGGACUGCAUCAAAGUGUCCCAUGUACAAGCAGAUACACUGACGGAAGAAACCAGGAUGCAGAGUUCUUCACAGUUAUGGCAUGAUGCUAGAAAGCUGCGUAUAACAGCGAGCACAGCAAAAAAAGUCCCAAAAAGGAGCACCACUGAUCCCAGAAAAUUUCUAAAUGAGCAUCUGUACCCAACCUUCACCGGCAAUACAGCAACGCAGCAUGGCAAAGAAAAUGAGAUCGAGGUCAUCACACUCAUGGAGAGCAGAGGGCAUACUGUGGAGAAGAGAGGCCUGGUUGUGCACCCUGACUAUCCUUGGUUGGGAGCCAGUCCAGAUGGGAUCCUUGAUUCAACACAGCUCCUUGAGAUCAAGUGCCCCUUCAAGAGUUGCAUGUCACUGACAGAAUUUCUGGGACGGCCAAAUGGUGACAUUAAAAGAUUAGGUGAUGAACAGUACCUGAUCCUUCCCAAAGGAAAGGAUGGAUACAACCUGCAGACACAAUUGACCAUGAUGUGUCUGGGCCUACAGAGCUGCAAACUGGUCAUCUGGACACCAAGUGAGGACAUUGAAAUGGACAUUCCAUUUGACAAAAACUACACAGAUGCACAAGUUCAACAAUUUACAUACCUGCAAAUCUUUAAUGAGUAG